AUGCAUAGGCUUCGCUGGAGGAUACGCAAGAUCAAAGAGCAUGACGCUGAGUUCACCACAAAGGCGUUCCCAGUGAAAGCUCAGGAGAGCUUCGUUGACGCGCACAACGCUCUCACACACUUAGAUGGCAUUAGCUCACUGUCUGUCCAUCCUGUGCAGGAGAUGACCUUGGCCGUCUACGACCGCUUCGACAGACUAAUGAUGGGGAGUGAAGAGGAGCCCAGGGAUGUGCUGGAGUACCUGGUUCUGGAGAGGCACCUCGUCAACCAUUACGGCAUAUGGAGGUUACAUGGCAAGAUAGAACCAGCCUGGGCCCCGGUCAAGGAACCCAUCGUCAAGACUGUUAUGAUCAUUGGCCCGGAGCUCAAGCCAGGCGAGGAAUUCGAGGGGCUCAACUAUGAAGUGCCCAAGCCUAAGGCUGUGCAGUGGCACAAAUAGACCACAGGUGGGAGCUGUAAUUCUGGGCCAACAAAUACAGACUCAAAAUCAACUGUUAAAAUGAACAUUCCAUUUUUUUUAAGAAAACAUCAUGAAGCUACAUUUAGUUUUCUGCCUUUUUAUAUAAAAAUGCACUGUUGUUCGUUGCAUCUAAAACAAUAACAAUCCAUAUUGUCCAGAUUUGUAUGGUUUAUUUCAAUGGUGAAUAUAUUACAUGUUAAUUUAAAGAAUACAAAAAUAAAAUGUCCCAUCUCUUUUUUCA